GCACGCACUGGCAGCUAGCUUAGCUAUAAAUAUGUGAAGCCAAGCUGCUCCUGUUACCACGAGUUCACGAUGCAGCGAGGAGUGGCUGCAUCUGCAUGUAGUACAACUGAGUGCACCACCGCACCGCUACCACCACAGGCGCAACCAAUGGCGGCUGAGGCGGCCAUGGAUGGGAAGAAGGGCGGCCUAAGAACAAUGCCCUUCAUCUUUGCCAACGAGGUGGCGGAGAAGCUGGCCGUGGUGGGCUUCUCGACGAACAUGCUGACCUACCUCACCCAGCAGAUGCACAUGCCGCUGGCCAAGGCGGCCACCACCCUCACCAACUUCGGCGGCACCUCCGCCAUGACCCCGCUCAUCGGAGCCUACCUCGCCGACGCCUGCAUCGGCCGCUUCUGGACCAUCGCCGGCGCCUCCGUGGUCUACCAAUUCGGGAUGGCCCUCCUGACGGUGUCGGCGGCGCUGCCGCAGUUCCGGCCGGCGCCGUGCAAGGCGGCAGGGGGCGGCAGCGGCGCGUGCGAGCAGGCGCUGCCGUGGCAGCUCGCCGUGCUCUACGUGUCGCUGUUCCUGAACGCGGUGGGCGCCGGCGGGUACCGGCCGUGCAUCGUGGCGUUCGGGGCGGAUCAGUUCGACGAGUCGCAGACGGCGGAGCGCGCGCGGACGUGGGGCUUCUUCAACUGGUACUACUUCUGCAACGGCGCGUCGCAGCUGGUGGCCGUGACGGCGGUGGUGUACGUGCAGGACAACGUGGGGUGGGGCUGGGGCCUUGGCGUGCCGGCCUUCUGCAUGGGCGUCUCCGUCGUCGCCUUCGUCGGCGGGUACCCGAUGUACCGCCGGCUCGACCCGUCGGGCAGCCCGUUCACGCGUCUCGCGCAGGUGGUCGUUGCCGCCGUCCGGAAGCGCCGCGUCCCCAGGGUGGACGACCCCGGGAGGCUUUACGAGAACGACGAGAUGGAUGCGCCCAUCUCCAUGUACGGCAAGCUCGUGCACACCAACCAGCUCAGCUACUUCGAUCGCGCAGCAAUUAUCACCGACGGCGACCUGCCCACGAUGGACGCCUCUUUCAGCAAGCAACCGCUGAACCUGUGGCGGCUGAGCACGGUGCACCGUGUGGAGGAGCUCAAGUCGGUGGUGCGCAUGGGCCCGAUCUGGGCGGCGGGUAUCCUGGUGAUCACGGCGUCGUCGCAGCAGCACACCUUCUCCCUGCAGCAGGCGAGUACCAUGGACCGCCGCAUCGCUCCGCACUCAUCCUUCAAGAUCCCCGCCGGCUCCAUGACCGUCUUCACCAUGCUCGCCAUGCUUGUCACCCUCUUCGUCUACGACCGUGCGCUCGUCCCGCUGGCCCGCCGCCGCACGGGCCUGGACCGCGGCAUCUCCUUCCUCCACCGCAUGGGCGUCGGGUUCACCAUCUCUGUGGCGGCCUCCCUCGUUGCGGGCUUCGUCGAGCACCACCGCAGGGAGGCCGCCGUGGCCGGGGGAACCACCGACGCUGGGACAGCCCCGCUGUCUGUGUACUGGCUGGUGCCGCAGUACGCACUGCACGGGGUGGCUGAGGCGUUCAACUCCGUGGGGCACCUGGAGUUCAUGUAUGACCAGGCGCCGGAGAGCAUGCGCAGCACGGCAACAGCGCUCUUCUGGCUGUCCAUCUCGCUGGGCAGCUACGUGAGCACACUGCUGAUCACCAUCGUUCACCGGUGGAGUGCCGGUCCCGACGGGUCCAACUGGCUCCCGGACAACAUUAACCGGGGCAAGUUGGACUACUUCUACUGGGUCGUGACGCUGCUACAGGUCAUGAACCUGGUGUACUAUCUGAUAUGUGCUAGACAAUACACGUACAAGCCCGUGCAACACCACGAGGAAGAGGAGGGGAAGGACAAGUCCAUGGUGGAGCUGCAACAGAAGGUUUGAGCGAGUAACACUAUGCAAUGUAGUGUGAUGUAUAUCAUUACAUGCAGGUACUGGCCUAGCUAGCUAGGUAGACAAAUAUGUGAAGAUGGAGGUGAAUGCAUAUGUCAUUCAGGGUUUGUAUGGGAUCAGGAACAGAGAAAUGUAUCUAGUUCUCUAGCAAGUUGCCAAGUUGAACGAGUAACACUAUGCAAUUUAGUGUGAUGUAUAUCAGUAUAUGGCUAUAUGCAGGCACUGGCCUAGCUAGCUAGAAGAAGGUAGGCAGAUCUGCGAAGAUGGAGGUGAAUGUAUAUGCCAUUCAAAGGUUUGUAUGGAGAGCUAAUAUCAGGUUUCUACGAAUGUGUAACUCUGCUCGUCAUGUUCAUAGCUGAUCGCGGUAA